UUACAAGCUCAUGUCAGCAUCUAACUUUUGUUUGCUCCCUUAAAAAGUGGUCCAUUAAUGGAGCUCGUACCAAUGAGGGUCUCACGCCAACAUGAUGAAACCAUGUUCUGAGAACUCAAAAUUAGUGACAUGAUAACUGAGACUUCAUGGAAACGUCAGUAAACUCAAGAUUUGCGGAAAGCUAAAUACUACCCUUUCUCUUGCACUAUCAUUGCAAUGGAACUUGAGCCAUUUCAGCAAAUCUCGCUUAGCACCUGAAUCUCCCUAGCUCUUCAGACAGGACACACUGCGGAGGUGAUUGUUUUAGGAAUUGAAUAGUUGCCUGUUUUCAAAACAUCGCAAUGGGGUCGGUACAAGGCCUGCUUCGCCUUUUGUUGCUGUCACUCUUUGCUGCAAGUUCCUUCAGCAGAAUGCACUCACCAUGGGAUGAUAAAAUUGCCAUGCAAACUGAGGAGGAAGCGGGUGAGAUUGAAGAGGGCGUCAGGUGGGCAAUUCUAAUCGCCGGGUCGUCGGGUUACGGAAAUUACCGCCAUCAAGCUGAUAUUUGCCAUGCGUAUCAGAUUCUGAAACGAGGAGGAUUGAAAGAAGAGAACAUAGUAGUGUUCAUGUACGAUGAUAUUGCCAACAAUGAAGAAAAUCCUCACCGCGGGAAAGUGUUCAACAAACCUUACGGUCCUGACGUCUAUCCAGGAGUCCCCAAGGAUUACACUGGAGAGAAUAUAACGGUAAGCAAUUUCUAUGCGGCAAUUCUUGGUGACGCAGACGCCACCAAAGGGGGCAGCGGUAAGGUGGUCGCCAGUGGACCAAACGACCAUGUUUUCAUCUAUUAUGCCGACCAUGGCGGUGCUGGGGUCCUGGGUAUGCCCAACGACCCAAUCUUAUAUGCUGAUGAAUUCGUGGACACACUGAAGAAGAAAGCAGCGGCAGGGACCUUCAAGAAGAUGGUCAUAUAUGUGGAGGCUUGUGAAAGUGGGAGUAUCUUCGAUGGGCUUUUGCCCACGGGCUUGAACAUCUACGUAACUACUGCCUCAGAUCCGGACGAGAACAGCUGGGGGACCUACUGCCCUACCAUGAUUCCUCCACCUCCUCCAGAAUUUGGUACCUGCCUCGGCGAUCUCUACAGCGUUUCCUGGAUGGAGGACGCGGAGAUGGAAAAUUUAAAGAAGGAAACACUCAAUGACCAAUACCGCAUCGUCAAAUCAAGAACCUCAGACAAUGACACAUACAUGACUGGGUCUCAUGUUAUGCAAUACGGAGACAUCGAAAUUGAUGCGGAAGAAGUGGAGCGGUACCUCGGAUUCGACCCUGCAAAUGAGAAUGUGACUCGACCAGAGCUUCCCGUAUCUAAGGCACCAGCCACUGCAUCAGGCAUGCAUGUUAUGCAACGUGAAGCUGAGCUCCUCCACCUGUGGCACAAGUAUCACAAGGCAGUUGACGGUUCAAAAAAGGAGUCAGCAGGGAUGGAACUGACACGCACAAUUGCACAUCGUAUGCACGUAGACAAUAGCAUCAAGCUCAUAGGAGAUCAUAUGUUUGGGCUUGACACUAGUCUCCUGAGGCUUAAAGCUGUGCGGCCUGCUGGACAAGUUCUGGUGGAUGACUGGAGCUGCCUAAAAGCUAUGGUACGUACCUUCGAAGCAAGUUGUGGUCCUCUGACCCAGUACGGUAUGAAGCACAUGCGGGCGUUUGCAAGCAUAUGCAAUGCAGGGAUUGAUCUCGACACCAUGAAAAAAGCAACUUCGCAAGCCUGUGGAUUCAGUGAAACGGACACUGACCUUCGGACUGCAGAUAGUCCCAGGUUCAGUGCAUCAGCUAAAGAGUUUGUAAAGACCAUUGAAUUUUAAAAACAUCUGCGUUCGUAACUCCAAAAUCAAUCACAAGUGACCCCAUAGACAACCAGUUAAGUACAUAAUAGCACAACUGCAGCCACAUUUCUAGUCAGCAGUUGGGUCAAUGUUUAGUAUCAAAAUACAAAUAUUCAAAUAUCGCCGUAUAAACAUUACUGACUGCCUAGAACAUGACUAUCAGAAUAUAUAGUCACACACAUAAGCAGGGUCAAUAAUAGUACAGCUCUGUUUUUUAGACCUAAUAUCCAUGUAGCAGAAGAUAGAACUCUGAUCCGCAAUAUAGACACCCAUUUGAAAGUGUGCAAUACAUUUCAAUGAAAACAAGUUCUAUUCAGUGUGA